CAUUGUGCUCGUCCGGAGCAUCUCUCUCUGUUCCUCUGCUUGCCUCGCUGUCUCUCUCUCUCUCUCUCUCCCUCUCUCUCUCUCUCUCUCUCUCUUCGUAAUUUGUUUCCCCUCUCCCACUCUCCCUCUCACUGGACUGAAUUGAAGUAUUCCUGCACAAAAUCAGUGAGAUGGGAAGAGCACCUUGUUGCUCUAAGGUGGGUUUACACAGAGGUCCAUGGACUGCUAGAGAAGAUACAUUGCUUAUCAAGUAUAUUGAAGCCCAUGGUGAAGGCCAUUGGAGAUCUCUGCCCAAAAAAGCAGGGCUCCUAAGAUGUGGAAAGAGUUGCAGACUAAGAUGGAUGAAUUAUCUAAGGCCUGACAUCAAGAGAGGGAACAUCGGCGCUGAUGAAGAAGACCUCAUUAUCAGACUCCACUCGCUUCUGGGCAACCGAUGGUCUCUUAUCGCAGGAAGGCUACCUGGUCGAACUGAUAACGAGAUCAAAAACUACUGGAACACCCAUCUCAGCAAAAGAUUUAAGAGCCAUGGAACCGAGUCGAAUGUCAAGAAGAGGGCACCACGACCCACCGACCGAGACCCCAAGAAGAGGGAGAAGAAGAGCAAUGGCAACGGCAACAAAAAGCAAAAGAAGAGCAGCAGCAGCAGAGGGAAUGAAGAUACAGCAGAGAUCAAGGUCCAUCUACCGAAGGCCAUCAGGAUCACCUCACUCCCCAUCUCAAGGAACAACAGUUUCGAGUACAACAGUGUGUUAAGCGGGUCGCCUGCCAGCCAACAGGGAGGAGUUGAUACAGAAACAGAAGAUUUACAGGUUCCAUGGUCAUCAGAAAUAAAGGACGCCGGGGGUGAAGGUGAUUGCAGUGGUGUAGUUAUUAAUGCUGGGGAUGAAGAUCAUGAUCAUGAAGGUGUGAAUGAGUGUGAAUCUCAGAUACCCAAGGAUAACAUGUUAGAGAAGCUGUAUAAGGAGUACCUGCAACUACUCAAUCCAGAGGAGGAUCAAGCGCAGUUGGAUUCCUUUGCGGAAUCUUUAUGGGCCUAAUGAUAAUGAGUUGAAUGGGUCCAGCUGGUUGGGAAUUUUCAAAAAUAAAACAGAUUGUACAACACAGAGUUGAGUUGAAUCGACGACUUUUUCUUACCAACCUCAACCCCCAACCAUCACAGCAAUAAUUCACGUGCUUACCUUCCUGCCUUGAUGGUGUUCAGCAAUCAGCAUAGAUACAUGUAACUAGUUGAACAGUAGAUCGAUGCUUAAUUAUUUAUAAUAUAGCUACAGUUCAGUCUAGUCUUAGUGCGCGGGGGGUGUGUGUGUGGUCACUGGUCAUACGCAAUUCACGCAUAGAGAUGGACAAUGUGGUGGGAACCAUAUUCCGAUAGAUGGAGACCCUUGAUUUAAGAAUUAGAAUGCAUCAUGAUCAUAGCAACACUGGACAAUGGUGGUCACGUGCUAUUUAAUAUGUGCAUUAUAUGGGUGUCCAUGUCUCUGUUGUAUCAUCUAUCAACAUGUAUGUAUGUAUGUGCGAAUGUGUGCUUGUGUGUGGAUUGACGGUGCCUAGCUCACUUUCUUUGUCCAGCAAAACAAUAAAGAGUAUGAAUGUUUAGUCGGUCA